AAUUUAUAUAGCAUCCAAGUAAUAAACACGCGGAACGACAGUCGUCUGCCAUUAGUGUAGGGACAGAUUUCGGAGAAGGACGUUUUUUUCUUUCUUUCCGCUCCUCUUAUGAAAGAUGAUCGAUCUGUAAUAUGGUCCGGUCAUCAAAGAGCGUCAAGAGGACCGAAAUGUCGUCACAUGGAGAUAACGCGAUGAUCGGUUCGUCACCAUAUUAUUUUCGCCAAACUACCAGAAAAUUGACAAAAUUGCAAGACGAUUAUGUCACAGGACAAAAUGCGGACGAUGAGUCUUCGGUAACUUUAACGCUUGCAUCGUCCAAGGGAAGAUGCAAGUACUGCGCCUACGGCCUUGCUGGGAUACUAGGAGUCUUGUUGUGUUUUGCAAUCGGCGGGAUGCUGUUUCCAUAUCCCUUGCAUGCUUCGUGCAUUGUUAAAUGGAAGUUCGACGAUUCUUGCGCGUAUGUAAUGCAGAAAUUCCAACGUCAAAUAACAAAUUGGUCUUCUUGGAACGCUUGUCGCAGCGGAACUUGUCUAUAUACGCUUAAUGUACCUGUAGAGAAUAACGUAAUUAGAGCGACGCACAGAACGUUGAAUCUGAACUCACUCGAGAGGAUCGAAAUUGUCUUCCAAGACGUGAACAAUACAUGUCUUGCUAAAGCCGAUUCUGUUUCAAGCGAAUGGUUCAUGAUAUUUGAUUACGGCGCAAAUUACUGCAAUCUGCACAACUUGAUAGUGGGAGCAGGUCUUGAUAGACACGCAAAAUUUCUGGAGUUGACAAGUGAUGCUGUGUGCACGCAAUUCAAUAUGGCAGUCUGUUGAUAAUACAAGACACACCACUGUUACUUGUGGUUUUUCAUAAUUUAUAUAUAAAUUAUAUAAAUUUAUUUCAAAGUUUAUAUAUAAAUGUAAAUUAUAUAUAUACAUAUAUUAUUAUUAUAUUAUAUA